AGAGUAAACAAGCAAUUAGUACUGUACCCAAACAAAAACAAAUGUAUUCAGUCAACUUUAAAACACGUAGGUUUCCCCACUUUUUUUAAUCUCAUCGUUGCGCAUUUCGUUGUGAACUGUUUGUCGUGAGCUUUGAUUUUCGAUGACUUGGAGAUUAUAGGCAUUGUAGUUAAUAAUAGAAUAGUCUACAAUCUUUGUUUCUAAAGUGAAGUGUUUAUAUGAUAAACUUGUGAAUUAAUUAACUGUGUACAUCUGAAGAAAUGUCAAAAAAUAUUGAAGAAUUUAAACAAUUAUGUAGGUGAACUGCGUGUUCUAACCACAAAAUCUUAGUGCCGGUUUUGAAACUGUCAUUCCAGUGGACUAUCAGCUGACUAUAUUUUUGUUUACAAACGGAUCAUUACUAAACAGGUUUAGAAAACUCAGUUUUCUAGUAAUUUCUAAAUGAUGUCAUUUUGCAAACAACCAAAAAUUGUUUUCGAUUCUCAUUAAUUUGAAGGUUAUGUUGAUUUUGAUUCAAUACAAAUAAAAACUUUACGAAAAUGUUGUGCCUCAAAAAAGUGUAUAGAGACGAGCUCCUACAACUUGCUCUAUUAUUAAGCAUUUUAAGAGUUAACCACGAUUCUAUAUAUGACAAUAUUUACGAUAAUUUGGAUUAUGAUAAUGGAACAAGCUGGAGAAGUAUUACACCUGCUGUUUUAAGAUCUCAUUACGUUAACCCGAAAAGUUUGGAUUUAGUCCUAUUAAAUUAUCAGAGAGAUUUGUUUGCUGAUCUAAAUUCUUUAGGCAGAUUUAAUAGAGACACUUUCAGGCAUUCAAAUGUUACAACUUAUUUGCUUAAUAUUGACCGAACCUCUCCAGGAGCUAACAAUGAUCCCUUACCGAAUGUUCCUCAAAACCAAACUGAAAAUGUGAAUGAAGAGGCUUCCAAUUCUUUGGAGAUGGGAAUAAAUCUUACACAAGAGGAUAUGGAUUUAAUAGAAGUCUUGUGGAAACAAGAUGUGGAUCUUGGUUUCACUGUGGAUAAUGUUGUGCCCAAAUCUGAAAAGGAAGAAAUAAAAAUCGAAACAAAUGAUGCUACUUCAUCUGUUCAUUUGAAAGAUGACAAUUUGGAAAAAAUCAAGACACUCCAAGCUAUUAACGAAGACUCUAUCAAGCAAGAAAAAGAAGAAGAUCCGUGGUCUGGUUUCAAUUACACCAUCGAUACCGAAACCGGAGAAUAUGUGAUAAAAGGUGAAGCAGAACCAGAGCUUGAAAAAUCGGAAGCAACUGAUACUAGCGUCGAUCUUGCUCUUGAAGAUCUUACACUUCCUUUGCCGGAGUUUUUUCUUGAUGAAGCAUUGCGUUUAAUAGAUUUGGAAGAUGAAACGUCACAGGAAAAUACAGUAAACCUUAAGGAGUUGGAAAACCUACCCAACGACACUGGUAGCACUUCAGUGCCAACUGCUUCUCAAAUAACCGCAGCUGAUAUAAAAGCUGCAGAAAAAACUGAUGUCCUCGCAUCAUCUUCUGAGGAAAUCCUGCCUAAAGAUCCCGAAGACGAAUUCGGUUUUCUUGCAGACAUGAUCCAAACUCCACAGUUUCACCACCCCCACCAUAGAGCUCCAUUCCAGAGCCGGAUGCCAUUUGUCAGAACGGUGAGCAUGGAACAACGAUGGCAAGACCUAGCAAACUUACUGAGUCUUCCUAGUCCGGAUAGUGGAGGACUACAUCAUCCAUUUAGUCAUCACCAUCAUCCUUUGCACAAUUAUACUCAUCACCCACAUCCCCAUAGCAUGGGUUAUAGCCCGGAAGCCGCCAGAGGUGUCCUUCUUCAUAAUGCCACAUUACCCACACCUAUGGGCGAUCUGAAUUCGUCUGUGCCAUAUAGCAAUUUAGGUGGUACGAACUUUGGGAGCGCCGUGGCCAGUUCCAUGAACCUCACGAACAGCAGCGAACCAAUGGGAGAGUCUUCAAACACACCCCAUUAUAAACUCGAACCUUCACACGAUAUGGUAUAUUACCAGAACGGUUCGUCUGAGAUUAAUCAAACUGAUGGUUUUCUUUCUUCGAUUCUAAACGACGAAGAUCUACAACUAAUGGACAUGGCUAUGAAUGAAGGCAUGUAUACAAUGCGUAUGUUGGAUGGAAACAACACAAUUAACAACGUAGGAACCAACAAUACUACAACAACAAUGUCACGAAAUGAAAUGGAACGCAUGGAUACUUCAAGCGAUAGUGCUGUCAGCUCUAUGGGUUCAGAAAGAGUACCAUCACUUUCCGAUGGAGAAUGGGGAGAUGCUGGCUCGGAUUCUGGACACACAUCUAAUGAACAUUAUGUUACUGACUAUACAUCAAAAUUGCGGCCAUUCGAUUACAGCUAUACUAGUCGACAACUGAACAGUGGCCUAGCGAGCUCAGAUAACCCUAGAAUUCCGCCGGUCGCGCAAAAGAAACAUCAAAUGUAUGGAAAAAGGUACUUCCAAGACCACAACUCGUUAAACUCAUCACAACCUCCUGCCACAUCUUUAAAAUACGAAUACAGAGAACCUGCUUCAGUUUAUAACAUCAGUAACCAAUCGGAAGGCGCUGUAGGACCGAAGAUUCCAGAAAUUAAAUACUCCUGUUCUAUGGAAUUCGGCGUCCAAGGACAUUUGGCGAGAAAUCCAGUAAAUCACAUUCCACACAAUCACACUUAUCAUUUACCAGCUGAGAGUUCGGGUGCCAUGCAAAGACCGGUUAUUCGAGAUAAAGCAAAACAGCGAAAAGCUGAGGAUGAGCAUUUAACGCGAGACGAGAAACGUGCCAGAGCAUUAAACGUACCAAUUACUGUGGACGAUAUCAUAAACUUGCCAAUGGACGAAUUCAAUGAACGCCUUUCUAAAUACGAUCUCAGUGAAGCUCAAUUGAGUCUAAUUCGAGACAUCAGGCGAAGAGGAAAGAACAAAGUUGCUGCGCAAAACUGCAGAAAACGGAAAUUGGAUCAGAUAUUAAGUCUCGCAGAUGAAGUUAAGGAAAUGAAGGACAGGAAAAUGAGGUUAAUCGCUGAACAUGAAUAUGCGAAGAAUGAAUGUAAGCGCCACAGAGAUAAAUACCAACAACUUUAUAGACAUGUUUUCCAAAAUUUACGGGAUCCCGAUGGUAACCAUUAUUCUCCUUAUCAAUACAGUUUACAAACUUCAGCGGAUGGAUCCAUAAUAAUGGUUCCUAGAUCGAAUUCUAACUUAUCGAAUACUGAUCCAAAAGACCAUCUUCAGAACCGCAAGGAACCGUAAAUAACUUGCUCAAAACUUUUAUUUUCUGAUUGUAGUACCAGGGUUGUUUUUGUUUUGUUUUUAAUAUUCUAUUUUUACAUAACAGGACACUUCAACAUUAGUAAAAGUUUUGAAUUAUUCAAAAUUAUAAAUUCUAAUUUACUAAAAUUAGCACACAUUCCCUAUAUAUCUGAAAAGUACAAAAGAGUAGAACCGACGCAAAAAUAUUUUUACUUUGAAUACCUACAAUUUCAAAUAAUUAAACCCAAUGAGAAAGUUGUACUCUACCUAUCGAUUCCCAUGUAAAACUAAAAAUUUGUCGGUGAUCACUGAACCUAACUGGAUAAAUAUUCUACUCUUUCUUAAUAAAUUGAGGUAUUUUCCCAAAUAUAAGGUAACGUAAUAUUUUGUUACCUACAUUUUGGCUUUGAGAGCUUGAUUAAAGAAUAUUUUUAUAGCAAAAUUAUGUUUGUAAAUUUCAUUUUUCUGGAUUUUGUAGUAGAUUUUAUUCGUAUUUAUUUAAUUAUAUUACAUAAUCCAUUAAAUAAUGCUAGGCGUUUCAAUUAAUAGAUAUAUCAUUAUAAUCUAGAACUUGAAAACAGGUAUCACCUUAACCAAUAGAUUUAGAUAGAAUCGAAAGACGGAUAUUUAGCAUAAUGGAUUAUAAACUUUCUUGAUUUGAUUUAUUUAUAAAAGCAUUUCUAUUGUUGAAAUAUUCUGUAUUCACACUAAUAUUUCAGAUUUCAAUUAUCAAGCAUUUGUUUUAUUAAGAUUUUUUGCAGAAAUACCCCUCUAUUGUAGUAUAUUACCUUUACAUUGUAAAUUAAAAAUAAUAAGGAAUGAUCUGUUUCCAAAAUCUAUAUAUGUAUAAAAAUUCUAAUUGCAUUGAUGAUUUGAUGAACGAACACAGUUUUAUACUUAAUAAAUAAUUAUAGGACAUUGGAGAAACUCUCAUGCAUAUUAAUAUUAGUGAAAUAUGUACUUAUAAAAAGGUAUAUGUGUUAUUAAUUUGGAAGAGAGGUAUAAAAUUGAUGUUGGGUGGAUAAACAUUACAUAUUUUUUUACUAAUUUGGUUGAAAAUACAAUGAAUAAUAGCUCUUUUGAAUUUACUUGCAUAAAGUUGUUUAAAUUGAUGUCAUCGAUAUCAUCCUCUUGAAAAGUUGAAACUUCUCAGAAAUAACAGAGAGAUUGUCAUUGUAUUUUGGUCAGUCUAACUAAGUAGUGAAUGAAAUUCAAUUGAAUAUUGUACAUCUGAAAGCAAAGGAUGUUUCUCCACCUAAUUGAUUUGAUAAUGUAUAAAAUCUUAUAUUUAAUGUAAUUUUCAUUUUAUAUCUUAGAGUAAUUAACUAAAUCGAGUAGUAGAUAAGUUCAAUAACAGGUUUAUUCAAUAGUCACCAUGCAGAACAAAAGUUCAGUAACUCUUAGUACCUACUUAUUUCGUAAGCCUCUUGACUUUAUUGAGUUUUUGCUUAAGUACAAUGUUUAGUUUCUUUAUAGAUUCACAAAGUACUGGUUAUAACACCAGACAAAAAUACGUAAGAGUUGUAUAAAUUACUGAUUGUUAAGAAGUAUAGAUUGUUCAGUAAUUGCGUAGUAUUGGCUAUAAUUGAUAAUUGUACAAUGUAAUGUCUCACUUUCGACAUCUUCAUGAGGUCUGUUUUAAAACUAAGAGUGUUUUGAAUUUUAAGGACAUUCACGAUACCCAAACAUAUAUGCAAAUGGGAAGAAAUGUUUGAAAAAUAUAGUAAACAUGGCAGAUGAUAAACGUGAGAGAUAGAUGAUAUCUGCCUUCUAAUAAUGUUAACUGUGUAAAUAGGCUCUUUCUUACUGCUCCUAGUUUUUAAACAGAGUAUAGGACUGCGGGAUUAGUUUUUUCUAGCAUGUAUAUUUGAGAAAUAGCAACAUGAAAUUGGGAAACUGAAUAUGAAAAGAAGCCAGUGGAAAAAAUAGUUUCAUGGUCCGAGUGAAAUACAAUAUAAUACAGAAUAAAGUAAAUAACCCAAUUAGCUUUAACUAAAUUAAGUGAUACAACCUAAUAUCUGUCCUUCCUCAAUUGCUACUACCAUCUUAUAAGCCAUCAUGUGUAAAAAUGGUCAAAAAGCAAUAUAUAUACCAAAUAUCCAAAUAUUUGGUAUAUUCAAAUUUGUCGCGCACUCCUAUAUUUUCUUCAGCUUGCAAUACAAAAUAUAACUCAGAGAUUCAGCAUUAAGGUGCUCUUGUUUUCGAACGUAUACCGCAUUCACAGAAAAAGCAUUUGCGCCUUACUCUGUAACUCUUGACAUUAUAUAUAAGGUUUGUCUUAUCAUCAAUCAAUCUCAGCUACAUUAUUUUUCUAAGUAGUGUGUCACCACCUAAUGUAAUUUGAAUUUUGACGUUUCUGGGUUUUCGUAAUAUAAUAGGAAAGUCAAAUCAAUCCAUUUCCAAACAAAGAAUCGGAUAUAUUUUUUAUAUAAAUAAUCAGGUGAUGAAUAUGCCUUUUUCUUAACGUUUUAAUGUAUAUAUUAAUUAAGGGAGAAGUGAAUAAUUAAAAUGGUGUCUGACUGGUGUUGGAAAAUAGCUUACUAUUAUUUUUAUUUGACCUGAUAAAUAACUUAGUUAUUAUUAUAGUUCAGCUUUCAUUAAUAAUGAAUCCUAACCUUGUAUUUAUAUUUUCCAUUUUAUUUACAUAAUUAUGUUCUUGAUGUCACAUAUUAACUUCGUCAUAUUUUGUAAGACAGUUCUUCACAAUCUAGAUGCACAUAUUUACUUUUACUAAAACUGUUGGCAUAUUUAAAAUAAAUUCAAAAACGUUCGAUUGAUAAUAAUUUUUAAUUUUCUCUUUUGACCAUUCAACAAGUGAUAUGCCAUCUGUUGAUAGAAAUCUGUAUAAGUGAAAGCUAGUAAAUUCUCAUUUAAAAUAAACAAUUUUCAUUAAAUUUGCUAACGUUCUCUUUAGUUUUUAUGGUAUUAGAUAUGUUUGUUGUUUUUAUUUUGUACCUCUUCCGCCCUUUUCAAAUUUUAUUUAAUCCCUAAAGCCUUCACAAUCUCCGUUAGCGAGGACUAUCAUAAUUUGGUGUAACUCAUAGUUAAUGAAGAAAUUAUCAUCUAAUGUAUGCUUCCAUUUUUUUCCAAAACAAAGCAAAAUUUUUAUGACUCAAAGGAAUAUUCAUCAUGAACGUCAAUAGAAAUAAGCAGAAAAACAAAGGGACUAUGUCUCAGGAUUCAGUUCAAUUAAUUUAGCAAAAUUUCGCCUUAUAAAAAUGAACCCAUUAUACACCUAGAUGUUUUCACACUUCCUACCUAUUACUGCUUCACAAGAACCUACUCCAUCUCCACCUUUAAGAGCAAAUUACCCAGAUAUUUGGUAGGAUUUAGUAGUUAGGCCACUACAAACAAAAUGGACAUAUAUUUAAAGCUUUGUACUGUUUCUUUAUAUUCCAUUGUUUGUGGAGGCGCCCAUAUACACCCAGAAACUCAUGUAAACUUACCUGAUUCAAUUUAAUAUACUAAGGAACAACAGACUGAUAUUUCUAGAAAACUAUUAUGCUAUUUGUUUAAACUUUAUAUUGGCUUGUUCAAUUUAAAGUUAUAAAUUUAACCGUCGGAGCGUUAGUAUCUACGCAGAAGUUCCCAAUCUGUCAAAUAAGCUAUACAGCACUAGAUACCUUCAUAAUAAAAAGUAUAUAUGAGCUGGUUUUAUUGGAAGUGGUAUGAGUAAUUUUUACAUAUAUUGAGAUAUUUAAGGGUUUGCGUUUGAAUCAAUUUAAAAAUAUUGGCCAUCUUUAAUUAACUCGAGUGAUGUUUUUUACAUAUUUUGAAUUUUAUUAUGAAAUAAUAAUUACUAAAAUUAUACCACUUUAAAAAAAACAGCUCAUAUAUAAAUUUGUACCAAUAUCUUUCCAUUUAAAAAGAAAUCAGGCACUCAUAGCUGUAUAAGUGCCUUCGAAACAGAACACAAAUUUUAGUAGAUAUAAUAUAUUCCAUUGACUUGUAUACUUCUCAUAUUCACACUAUUAUCGAAACUGUCUAUCUUACAACAUUCACACAAACUAUGCAAAGAUGGUGGACAAAUCCAGUCUAAUAUAUCCAUUUCUCUUAUAUAUUUGUUUAUUUUUGAAUGAGACACUUCAAUUUAUUACAUCAAUGACCCUAAUAUCAUUAAUAAUGGCAUAUGCAUAAUAAAAAAUGUAAACUAUGUAAAUAAAUUGGAAAAUAUUAUUUAUCAGGCUAAUUUUUAUAUAAUAGCCUGUCUAGUAGUCAGAUUCGGUAUUACUGAGGAGCGUAUGUGAUUUAUAAUUCAUUUAUAUAAAAUUUUUAAGUAGGAUCAUAAUUUCUAUUAUUAGAUAGAUGUAUCAAAACUCUAAGAUCAAUUAUAUUAAUCUAGAAUAAUAUUUUUUAUGAACAUUAUAGGUUUUGUACAUUGUAUAGUGUAAGUAGUCGAAUAAAGUUAUGAAUGUAAUUAAGUCGUUUUUUAGUUAACACUGGUCCAUUGGUACAUUCACAUGUAAUGGGUCUGUUCAUAAAAAAUCUAAGAGUUUGGUCCUGUUGGUUUAUAAGCAAUUUCUUACUUAAUAAAUUGCAUAAAACUGAUAGUAAAACCUAGAAUAAUGUGAUUUAAGUGAUAUGUACAUAUGCCCGCAUAAUUUUUUUAUUGAAAUGCUUGAACUCGUAGGUUGAUGUUUUUAGUUGAUUUUAUUUUUUUUAACGUUUCAUUCCUCAUUAAGAGCAUUGUCCAGUUUUAACUAAGGUGAUAAUAUUAAUUAUAAUUCUUUUGAUAGUGCUCCUAAUGAGACCAUAAAUAUAUAAUUAAAAUAUCAACUUCAUAAUCCAUAAUAGAGAUCCAUGUGAAAAAAAGAAUGGGCCAACUUUAUUUGAUUUUUAUAUUCAGAAGAACUUUAAUAUAAAAUCACCAGAAAAAAGGUAUGCAUUUUGUUGCAGAAAGUCCAUUAGUUUAAUAAACCACAUUUUUUAGAAAGCGAACUGUAAAAAACCUUGUGACCGACCUACUACCAGGACCUUCAACCGAACCACUACCAGGUCCUUCAAAUGAGCCACUACCAGGAGUUUUAAAUAUUUUUUAUUGUAGCAAUAUAUUUCCUUAUUCGACUUUUUUUUGUAAAAGUUUAGAAAUUUUCAUUUGAAAAAUGUAUAUUUAGAUUUUACUUAAUUUAUAAAUGACGUAAUUGAUGUAAUAAAAUUAUUGUUAAAAGCAAUAAUAAUACUGUUUUGCUAAUUUAAUAAAAGCCUGUAAA